CCUUGACCGAGCUCUUUUUUUUUCAGGAUGUUGUGAUAAAUUUACUUCUUAUUGGUUUAAUUAAUAAUUAUGCCUCCGGGCCUUAGAGGACUAAGUUAUUCGAUUAAAGCCAUGAGCACGUGGACGACGGUUUCACCAUCAUGCAUGGCCUGGCGGGAUUCGCGACCAUGUUCGGGCUCUCGCUGGCAACUCUGCUAGCCGCGUACAAACUGGGCCCAGCCUCUGAGAAAGAGUUGGAAUUGCCCACGAAUUACAAGGAUUUUCAGCAGCAGGCCAGGGUAGUGGGGGAUUACAGUUUGAACCAUGGUUGGUACACGUUUUCCAUGCUGUGGUUGACGCAGACUUUCUGGCGAGCGUUUGGCAUUCCUGGGAUCAGGUCGCUUAGAACAGUUUCAACUGUGUUCUUUGGAGUGUUUCCGGCAUUAUGCAUGGCAGUGACUGCGAAUUUGGUGGGAUCAUAUCUUGCUUACGGCCUUUCUGAAGCUUUCCUGGUUGAUUACAUUCAGUCUGCAUUUCCGGACAGAGUCGCAUAUUUGAUGUCACUGAUGAUGACGCCGGGGUUCACGUUGACGUUCGCUAGUUUUGCAUCCCCGGCCAUCGGUGUGCCAAUUGACACCUUUUUGGCAGCAUCUGCGAUCGGGACUCUCCCGAGUGUUAUUUCUGCUUGUUUGGCCGGAAACGUGCUCAGAACGAUCGAGAAGCCAGAUUUCUUCUCGUUCAUCAACUUUUUGCAGAUGUUUUGCGUGGCUAUUCUGGCGUUGUUGCCGAAAUUGACGGAUUUCUACUUGACUCGGUCGCAUCCGGACACGACGGUCUUGUACCGACCGCGAGCGUCUUACAAAGUCAAGUGAAUCUAACAAAAGGUAGAAGAGAAGAAU